AUGAGAUUUUCCGCUAUCCCAGCCAUUCUCGCCGUCUUGGCCGCCAGUGGUGCAUCUGCCGUUCCAGGUCCUGCUGCUAUCAUCGGGUCACUCGCCCGGUCUCCAGGAGGCACCUCAGUCGUGACAGAAGACGGGAGAAUCCAGAGCCGCGACGAGAACGGCAACGUGGUCGACGAGGCACGAGUCCCCGGCGAGGAGCUGGCGAUGUUCAAGCGCGGGGAAUAUGAAACGAAGAUGGUAGCCGAUUGCGCCAUUGUACAGUGCUACGAUGCUGAGAAAAAAGAAGCCUACCACGUCAAAUGUUUCGAAGCCGGAUGUUGGGGUCAAUGUACAGUGGUCAACGAAGAAACCGGUGUAUGGGGUUGCAACUACUUGGAGUCGCUCGGUGAUUGA